AUGGACUCGACCGAGGACUACAAGAAGAAGACGCGCGAGACGUUUGGCUUCUUUUCUUGGGCGACAAAAGCCGUUGCGGUCGGUCGUCCGUCGGCAGCAGUCUUGGGUGCCAUUUUGCUCGUUGGCUGCCGUAAAGUGAUCGUUCGGAAGAGAAGGCUUCAUUAUCUAUCUAUCUAUCUAUCUAUCUAUCUAUCUAUCUAUCUAUCUCAGUCUAUUGAUAUUAUCUAUUUCAGUCUAUUGAUAUCUAUCUAUAACAGUCUUUUCAUAUCUAUCUAUCUAUCUAUCUAUCUAUCUAUCUAUCUAUCUCAGUCCAUUAUCUAUAUAUCUAUCUCAGACAUAGCUAAGUCUGUUCAUUAUCUAUCUAUCUAUCUAUCUAUCUAUCUAUCUAUCUAUCUAUCUAUCUAUCUCAGUCCAUUAUCUAUAUUUCUAUCUAUGUCAGAUUUCUGUUCAUAUCUAUCUAUCUCAGUCUGUUCAUAUCUAUCUAUCUAUCUAUCUAUCUAUCUAUCUAUCUAUCUAUCUAUCUCAGUCUAUUCAUAUCUAUCUAUCUAUCUAUCUAUCUAUCUAUCUCAGUCUAUUCAUAUCUAUCUAUCUAUCUAUCUAUCUAUCUAUCUCAGUCUAUUCAUAUCUAUCUAUCUAUCUAUCUAUCUAUCUAUCUCAGUCUGUUCAUUAUCUAUUUGA